AUUUUUUCCCCUUUUGAAUUGCUAAAGUUUGCUUCAAGUUAAAUGGACGAAUCUCGGCGAAUGUGCAUGGGAAUGUCAACUACCCAUCAUCUACCUCGACGAAAAUAUAUGGAAAAUUCAAGUUUUUCUAUGAACCAUGUUAACAUGGUGGUGCCUGAUCAUAACGUCGAUGUAGAUGACUUCUCUGACGUCUUCGGCGGCCCACCUCGGAGUGUGCUUUGCUGGAAGUUGUCCGGUGACUCCACCCGGUCGACAUCCUUUUACGAAGAGGUUUUUCGGCCACCGGAAUUCUUUUCCUCUCGUUCUAUGAAGGACGGACGGAGCUUGCCAGUGUUUAAGAUUCCGGCGAGAGAGGAAGGGUUCUACAGUGACAUUUUUGGGUCGGUUGAUGAUAACUGGCGGUCGAGGGAGCGGUCAAGGUCAAAUUCAAAGGCGAAGUCAAACUCAUCGUCGGUUCUGAGUUCUGAGGAGCUAAGCCCUCUCCGGCCGGUGGUCAGAGAUGAUGUCGGUUUGUCGUCUUUUGCUUCACAGCUCAGGUGCAGGCCAAUCAAUGUUCCGUGCAGAUGGAAUUCAACAACAAUGGUGGCAGAUGAGGAAGCUGCAAAGCGACAACAAGGGAUGCCAGUAUUUCCAAGCACCCGUUCUUUCUACAACGAAAAUCUAUACGUGGAAAAUGAAUACGAAAACAUGAUGAGAAGCUCAUCCUAUAAUUAUGGAUUCAGUCGACGUGUCACUUCCCCAGAAACCAUAAGCUUGGAACCCCAUUCUUUUCGAAGUGUCAAAAUAUCAGCCGAUGAUUUUAGGCUGAAUUCCCCUCCAUCCCCUGCUUCUUCGCUCUGUUAUGAACCAGUCAGGUUCCCUGGUGAUUCAAUGAAACGAGACGGGGAAGAAGAUUAUGACGAUGAUGAUGAUGAAGUUAUGAGUUCUUAUGUUAUUGAGAUCAAUUCUGAUCUUAGAGAGAGUAACGGUGAAGCAGUUUCGAUUGAUGAAGCCAUUGCUUGGGCUAAGGAAAAAUACAAUUCCCAAAGUUCUGAAAAAACCCACUCACCUGAAACACAAGGGAGAUGGAAUUCACAUGAAUCAUUUGACCUUCAAAUGAAUGGCCAUGGAACAUUGCAAUCUCCAAAGGAAGACGAAGAAAAGAAAUUCAAAGCAAAAGAAGAAAGAGAGAGAUCAGAAGAACAUAUUAAAAUGGGGGUUUUGGAUGAUGAUGUGAAGCUAUGGUCAUCUGGGAAGGAAAAUAACAUGCAAUUGCUCCUUUCAACCCUUCAUCAAAUUCUACGGCAAAGUAGCGGUUGGAAUAUGAUCCCAUUAACAAGUCUCAAAGAAAGCUCACAAGUGAAAAAAGCUUAUCAGAAAGCUAGGUUAUGUCUUCACCCAGAUAAACUGCAACAAAGGGGUGCAACCCUUUCACAAAAAUAUGUUGCAGAGAAGGCUUUUACCAUCCUCCAGGAUGCAUGGGCUGGUUUCAUCUCCCAAGAUGUCCUAUUCAACUAGUCCAAAGGGUCGAUAAUUUCAGAAACUUUCUGGGAAGCUUGGAACAAACAAAAACUCAGAAUGAGGGGUCUGUUUGAAGGGCUGAAAACCAUGGGAAUGUGCAAACAAGUAUCUAUAAUGUUAAUUUGGUAGAUAUGGUUAGAACUGAAAUUAGAUCAUAUAUAUAUGAAAGAAUUUUGUAUGUUUGGUGUAUUUAUGAAGAUGCCUACAUUCUACUUCUAA